AUGGGUCGUUUCCUCCACGAUAAAGAUCGCAGAGCUCCCAUUCUCAAUGUAGUCAACUGGUUCCUCCUCGUGGUCGCGGUGCUCAGCGUCCUCACGAGGCUGGGCACGAAGCUGUGGAUGUUCCAUCGCUUCACAAGUGAUGAUUACUUGAUCGUGGUAUCACUGCUAUUCGCCAUCGGAGCAUCGAUCAUCACGUCCAUCGCCGUCCACAACGGCUAUGGCGAUCAUAUGGGGACCAUCGAUAGUUUGCAUUGGGAAGCACAGUACGCGGGAUUCCUGGUGUUCAUUCUCAGUCUCUACUUUUCGAAACUAUCCCUAUCCGUUUUUAUCCGAAACCUCACACCGGUCUCGCGAGACCACUUUCAUGCCACCAUCUUACACAUUCUCUUAACCGUCUGGGCGGUGGUCGUCUUCUUUGGCAGUGCCUUCCAGUGCCAAGCCUCGCGACCCUGGGAUACCAGCGGCAGCUGCAUUGAUCUCAACGCCUGGCAGUACUACUUCUGCGCCUCCAACAUCGUGACCGAUAUCUUGAUCAUCCUCCAGGCGCUGGUGUUGAUCAGUCGCAUCCAAGCGUCGUUCAAGAAAAAGACGGUGUUUGCCACGAUCUUCCUGUCCCGAAUUCUAGUCAUUCUCGCAUCCAUUGCCCAGCUCGUCUUGAUCCACGACCUUGCGUACUCCACCGAUCGAAGCUUCGACGACUAUGGGGUGGCUAUUGCGGUCGAGACGGUCCAGUGCGCGAGUAUUGUCACCGCCUGCUGGGGUCAGUUGAAACCGUUCCUGAAUCAGCUCAAGUCGAAUGGACUGCGUAUCCAGGGAGUGGAGUAUCAGCACACGUCCGCCAAAGCCUCUAACCCCCGGUCCGAGACCCGGGACGAUCAGUCGCGCCACACAGAUCCGAAUCAUUCCGGCAACCAUCAUGAGCUGGUUCCCAUCGCAUCCGGUCAGGGCAAUAUGACUACCGUCUCCGCGUCGCGAGCCUGGGAUGCGGAUAGUCAGUCGAGUCAAGCAGGGAUGAUCCGGGAAAUUCGGACAUGGAACGUCAGUGCAGCUCGACGCAGCGAGAGGAGUGAUAGUUUGUAA